GAACCUUCCAGUCAAUUGAAAAUGAAGUUCACCACCGUCGCGACCGCUCUAGGGCUGCUUUUCGCCGGCGUCUCCGCCCUCGACAAGCCACUCAACAUUGACAUUACUGAGGCCAAGACAUGCGCCGAAGAUGAGAAGACUAAGAAGGGCGACAAAGUCGAGAUGCACUAUCGUGGUACACUAGAAGAUACCGGCUACGAGUUCGACGCCUCAUACAAUCGCGGCACUCCGUUGUCUUUCACAGUUGGAAGUGGCCAGGUCAUCAAAGGCUGGGACGAGGGGCUCAUUGGCAUGUGUAUUGGCGACAAGAGGAAGCUUACCAUUCAGCCAGAGUAUGGCUAUGGUGCUACGGGAGUUGGACCAAUUCCAGGCAAUGCUGUGCUGAUCUUCGAGACUGAGCUUGUGUCAAUCAAUGGCAAGAAGGCAGAGGCAGUCAAGAACGAUGAGCUAUAGACUGUGACAAUGGGAAUGGGGAUACAAAGCUUCACAGAGUCUUUGAGAUUGCCAGCGCAGGUAGACUUUGCCCAGGAAUGGCUCCGAACCAUGCGAUUGGAGCUGUUCUCGUCAACGCUGAGACCUAGACAUCCAUGCUCGGCCUGCACUUUGCACCGAAAGUCACGAUCUGCAAAAUUCGAUGAGCUAUAGACUGACGAAAAAUCUUGAAAAUGAUCAAUUG